AUGAAGCUUUCAUCUGUCCUCGUUGGUGCCUCGGCACUUUUGAUCAGUCCCACCGCUUCCUCUCCGAUCACAACCAGUAUCGAAAACCUUCUCCAACUCCGUACCAAACUCACCACCUUCAAGAUCUCUGCCUCCUCUCCCGUCUUGCCAGCACACCCACACUUCCUCAUCAGUGACGACUCCUCCACCUCCCCCAACCAAUACGGCAUCCUAGUCCACGAUUACUACCCACAGAAUGUACCGUCCUCCGGACUUUGGACCCUGACCUCCUCCCAUCACCCUACUGAUUACAAAACACGCUACGCGCAACAAGAUCCGGGACAGACUUCAGAAUGGAUAUGGGUAGACACUGCCGCCAACAUUGAGAAGAAUGACUGGGUGUAUGUCGACUUUUUUGUGGAUGAUGAUACGUUGGAAAUGAAGGCGAAGAAGGAGGAUAAUGGUAAUCAUGUUUUGCAGAUUUGCGAAAUUGCGUUGGAUGUUUACUAUUUGGACUUGAGUAAGGUGAAAGGAACCACGGAGACGACGAGCGAUGCAAAGUGUUUCCCUGUUGUGUUGACGGCUGUUCCUGUUUAA